UUAAUAAUACUAAACUAAAUAUACUGUGUUGUGUUUGUGUGAGACUUGUGUGUCUGUGUUUCUCUCUCCAAGUCUUCUCCCCCAAUCUGAGAGGUUCCGAGAUCCGAACCCUCUCUCACUCUCUCUCCUUCCACCAUGUCCUUCUUCCAAUCCCGAUCCAUUUUCUUCUUCUUCCUCUCUCUCUUCCUUUCUUCAGCGUUUGCUUCCGAAUCAGAUCACAAGUAUCAACAAGAUGAACAGGUUACCCUUUGGGUGAAUAAAGUUGGUCCUUAUAACAAUCCACAAGAAACAUAUAAUUAUUACAGCCUCCCAUUUUGUCAUCCAUCUAGUACUUCUGAAGCUGCACACAAGUGGGGUGGCCUUGGUGAGGUCCUUGGUGGCAAUGAACUCAUUGAUAGCCAACUUGAGAUAAAAUUCCAGAAACAUGUGGAAAAGACUGUCUUCUGCCAGAUAGCUCUGGAUGAGGCAAAGGUUAAACAGUUCAAGGAUGCUAUAGAGAAUAAUUACUGGUUUGAAUUCUUCAUGGAUGACCUUCCUUUGUGGGGAUAUGUUGGUGAGCUACAUCCUGACAAAAACAGUGAUAAUGGCAAGCAUGUUCUCUACACACACAAGAAUAUUAUAGUGAAAUAUAACAAAGAUCAGAUCAUUCAUGUCAAUCUCACUCAGGAUAUACCAAAACCUUUGGAAGUAGGGAGACAUUUGGACAUGACAUAUGCUGUUAAAUGGAUUCCUACUAAUAUCACCUUUGGACGACGUUUUGAUGUUUACCUGGACUAUCCUUUCUUUGAGCAUCAGAUCCAUUGGUUCUCCAUUUUUAACUCUUUUAUGAUGGUCAUCUUCCUUACUGGAUUGGUGUCAAUGAUAUUAAUGCGAACUCUGAGAAAUGACUAUGCCAAAUAUGCUCGGGAAGAUGAUGAUCUUGAAACUCUGGAGAGGGAUGUUAGUGAAGAAUCUGGCUGGAAACUUGUGCAUGGUGAUGUAUUUCGCCCUCCUCGUGGUUUAGUUAUUCUUUCCGCUGUUGUUGGCACAGGUGCCCAGCUUGCAUUGCUGGUUCUUCUUGUCAUCUUAUUGGCUAUUGUUGGGAUGUUAUAUGUUGGGCGAGGAGCAAUUGUCACAACCUUCAUUGUGUGUUAUGCUCUCACAUCAUUCAUUUCUGGUUACGUAAGUGGGGGAAUGUAUUCUCGGAAUGGGGGGAAAAGCUGGAUUAAAUCAAUGAUUCUUACAGCUUCACUGUUCCCAUUCAUGUGCUUUGGAAUUGGAUUUAUCUUAAACACAAUUGCUAUAUUCUAUGGGUCUCUAGCUGCCAUCCCAUUUGGCACAAUGGUGGUGGUUUUUGUUAUUUGGGCUUUCCCCAUUCCUGAGAAGAAGUGGUACCUCACACCAUCUGUGGUUUCUAUGAUGGGAGGGCUGCUACCCUUUGGAAGCAUAUUUAUUGAAAUGUAUUUCGUAUUCACUUCCUUCUGGAAUUACAAGGUUUACUAUGUGUACGGCUUCAUGCUACUGGUUUUUCUGAUUCUUAUGAUUGUUACUGUCUGUGUGACAAUUGUGGGUACAUACUUCUUGUUAAAUGCUGAGAACUAUCACUGGCAAUGGACGUCUUUCUUUUCGGCUGCCUCGACAGCUGUUUAUGUGUAUUUGUACUCAAUAUACUACUACUAUGUGAAGACAAAGAUGUCGGGCUUCUUCCAGACGAGCUUCUAUUUCGGAUACACUUUGAUGUUUUCUCUUGGGCUAGGAAUUCUAUGUGGAGCUGUGGGUUUUCUUGGUUCAAAUUUGUUUGUGAGGAGGAUUUACAGAAACAUCAAGUGCGAUUAAGGAUUUUUUCUUUGUUCAGACGCGGAGCACUUCCAUUAAUUUGUUGUUGGAGACAAUGAACACUUUGGAGGGGGCCUAUGGUUAUAUGUGGGGAACCUAACAACAUUUACAGGUAGAAUCACAGGGUUUUGAGGAUGUUGAGGAUGAAUUCUUUCUGUAUUGGGCCCUGAGAUUUUUUUUCCCCGGAUGUAAUUGAUUGUCUUUAUAAUUUAGAUAGAUAGUUUAAUAUCAAACUCUUGUGGCUACUAUUUCAUCCCUUUAUAAGAUAGGUGCCAAUUCAAGAACAAGAACUGGUCUUUGAUUCCCCUACAUGGUUAAGUGGUUAACUAUUCAAUGUAUGUAAGAGGGGGAUGAAGUCUGAAUUUUGUAUGAAGAUCUGAAUAUCAUUCCUAUCUGCUUCCUUCGCA